AUGGACGGAACAUACACCAUGGCACCUACUUCGGUGCAAGGUCAACCAUCAUUUGCAUACUACGCUGAUUCGCAGCAAAGACAACAUUUCACCAGCCACCCCUCAGAUAUGCAGUCAUACUAUGGCCAAGUGCAGGCCUUCCAGCAACAACCACAGCACUGCAUGCCGGAGCAGCAGACACUCUACACUGCCCCUCUCAUGAACAUGCACCAGAUGGCUACCACCAAUGCCUUCCGUGGUGCCAUGAACAUGACUCCCAUUGCCUCUCCUCAGCCGUCACACCUCAAGCCCACAAUUGUUGUGCAGCAGGGCUCUCCCGCCCUGAUGCCUCUGGACACGAGGUUCGUCGGUAACGACUACUACGCAUUCCCCUCCACCCCACCACUCUCCACAGCUGGAAGCUCUAUCAGCAGCCCGCCUUCUACCAGCGGCACCCUUCACACCCCGAUCAAUGACAGCUUCUUCGCUUUCGAGAAGGUGGAAGGUGUCAAGGAGGGAUGCGAGGGAGACGUCCAUGCAGAGAUUCUGGCCAAUGCUGACUGGGCCCGGUCUGACUCGCCGCCUCUUACACCUGUGUUCAUCCAUCCGCCUUCCCUCACCGCCAGCCAAACAUCCGAGCUUCUGUCAGCGCACAGCUCUUGCCCAUCCCUUUCCCCAUCGCCAUCUCCCGUGGUCCCCACAUUCGUUGCCCAGCCUCAAGGUCUGCCGACCGAGCAGUCCAGCUCCGACUUCUGUGACCCCCGUCAGCUGACGGUUGAGUCCUCCAUCAAUGCCACCCCUGCUGAGCUGCCGCCUCUGCCCACGCUCUCCUGCGAUGACGAGGAGCCUCGGGUGGUUCUGGGCAGCGAGGCCGUGACCCUUCCUGUCCAUGAGACCCUCUCUCCCGCCUUCACCUGCUCCUCUUCGGAGGACCCUCUCAGCAGCCUGCCGACCUUUGACAGCUUCUCGGACCUGGACUCGGAAGACGAAUUCGUCAACCGCCUGGUCGACUUCCCCCCUAGUGGCAAUGCCUACUACUUGGGUGAGAAGAGGCAGCGCGUGGGAACGACAUACCCCCUUGAGGAAGAGGAAUUCUUCAGUGAGCAGAGCUUCGACGAGUCUGACGAGCAAGAUCUCUCUCAGUCCAGUCUCCCUUACCUGGGAAGCCACGACUUCACUGGCGUCCAGACGAACAUCAAUGAAGCUUCGGAAGAGAUGGGCAACAAGAAGAGGAACAACCGCAAGUCGCUGAAGCGGGCUAGUACCUCGGACAGCGAAACGGAUUCGAUUAGCAAGAAGUCGCAGCCUUCGAUCAACAGCCGUGCCACCAGCACUGAGACAAACGCCUCGACACCCCAGACUGUCCAGGCCCGCCACAACUCCGAUGCGCAUUCGUCGUGCGCUUCUGAGGCUCCUGCUGCCCCCGUCUCGGUCAACCGACGCGGUCGUAAGCAGUCCCUGACGGAUGACCCCUCCAAGACCUUCGUGUGCACCCUCUGCUCCCGUCGCUUCCGUCGCCAAGAGCACCUCAAGCGUCACUACCGCUCUCUCCACACUCAGGACAAGCCUUUCGAGUGCAAUGAGUGCGGUAAGAAGUUCUCGCGGAGCGAUAACCUUGCGCAGCACGCUCGCACUCAUGCGGGUGGCUCUGUCGUGAUGGGCGUCAUCGACACCGGCAAUGCGACCCCGCCAACCCCCUAUGAAGAACGAGACCCCAGUACGCUGGGAAAUGUUCUCUACGAGGCCGCCAACGCCGCCGCUACCAAGUCCACAACCAGUGAGUCGGAUGAGAGUUCCUCUGACUCGCCGGUUGCCGACCGACGGGCGCCCAAGAAGCGCAAGCGCGACAGCGAUGCCUAG